AUGAGACGGCCAUUCUUCACGCUAACCACACGAUUCAUCUCAGCAACACCACCAGCUCAUCGCAACCCAUAUGCCAUCCUCAUCCGCCAGUACUCCAACACCACCACCAAGCACACACAAUCGCUUUCUCUCCCCGAUGGCCGAACGCUAGGCUUUUCAGAAUUCGGCGCCAGAAAUGGCUACCCGGUCAUCUUCUUCCACGGCUUCCCGUCGUCGCGCCUCGAAGCAAUAUACAUUGACAGCAUGGCACGCCGUCAAAACCUUCGCCUCAUCACACCUGACCGCCCCGGCUUCGGCAUCUCGACACCCCAGCCAAACAGGAGAAUAACUGACUGGCCAGCCGAUGUGAAAUCACUGGCCAGCCACUUGGGCCUCUCGCGGUUCGCCAUUCUCGGCGGCUCAGGCGGAGGACCCUACGCGGUCGCCUGUGCCCACGCUCUACCUCGGGAGACCAUGUCCGCGGUGGGAUUGCUAGCUAGUGCGCCCCCGUGGGAAGCAGGCACGCGGGAUGUUACGAGGACAAGGAGAGUUAUGCAUAGGAUUGCAACGAACUGGCCUGGCUUUAUGCGCGUGUCUUCAGAUAUACUGAUUGCAGCGACACGAUGGGCGGCCUAUUCCCGUGUUGGCAGGGCCCUUGUGAAUAAGAUGCUGGAGAAGAGCAACGAGGCUGCUGCCGCGAAACCAAAUCCCUUCAAGAGCGACAAUGACGUGGAGUUGUCGGUGGAUGAGCAGCGAGAGCAGUUGCUUGGAUUUUUGUUUGAAGCGUUUGCCCAGGGAUCAGGGGCGUUUGCGCAUGAGACUAUGAUACUGACGCAUCCUUGGGGUAUUAGGUUUGAGGAUGUAAAGUAUGAUAAAAUUCAGAUAUGGCAUGGGAGUAAGGAUGUUAAUGCGCCCAUUUCAAUGAUUCGAUACUUGGCGGAGCGGUUGCCGCACGCGGAGCUACUGGAGUAUGAGGAUACGCAUUUCUCGGUGGUGCAGCAUUUGGAGGGUAUUUUGGGAGAGUUGGUGCCGGAUGAGGAGAAGAAGAGGUGGAAAGGUGAUUGA